AUGUUAUCGUUUAAAGAGGAUAACGAUGAUAUACCACCCAAAUCACAUUCUACAUUUAUACAAGACGAAGAAGACAAUGAUAACCAACAGGAGGAUGUGAGCCAAUUACAUGCAUUUGAGGAAUCACAAAUCAGAAAGAUAAUCUCAGAUAGAUAUAAUAAUGAUCCAAUAAAUCUAAUCAGACAAUUACUGAAAGAUUUGCAAAAUAAACAAAAUGAAUUGCUACGGCUUAAGGAAGAGAUAGGAGAUGAGUCAGAUGAUGAUGAUGAUGAAUUUAUAUUGGAUAAUGAAUUAGAAUCAAUUAAGAAUUGGGAUAAUGAUAAUAAUGAAAAUACUACUAAUACCAAAGAAGAUAGUUUUGAAAAUUAUUCAAUUAUUGAGAAUUCACAAGAAUUACCACUUGAAUUACAAAGUAUUAAAAGGAAGAAAUCAAAAUUAAUAAUUUUACCAAUUUAUAAUCAUCAAGAUUUAGAAAUUGAUAAAUAUGGAUUCAUUAAAAAAAUAAGAAAACCUUCAACUAGUAGGAUACUGUCAGAGAACAAAUCAAGAAAUAAGAAUAAUAGAUGUCAUGAUAACGACGAUUCAUCUAGUGAAUCUAUUGGGAUAUUAAUUAAUGAAAAUAAUGAAUCUAGAUUAAUUAGUCAAUUAAAACAAAUAUCUCAAAUUCAUGAUGAUGCAAAUUUAUAUUUUGAUAAGAAAUGGGAUAUUUUAAUUAAGGAUAUCAAGUACUAUUUUAUGUUUGAUAAUAAUACUAGUAGGAAUAAACAAGAUAUACCAAGUUUAGGUAUUAGAGGAGUUAAUUUAAAUCAUUAUUAUUUCCCAUUUGUAAAUUUAAUUAAUCAAUUUGGUAUUCCUUUAAGAUAUAGAUAUUUAUGGUUAGAUUUAUCAGGAUCUAAUGAUAUUCGAAUUAAUGGAGAAUAUCAAGAAUUAGUAACCAUUGAUAAAACAACAAUUACUCCUAAAAUCAAAAAAUUCAUUGAAGAAAUUGAAUUAGAUUUACAUCGCACAUUACCUUCAAAUUAUUAUUUUAAUAACAUAUUUGAAUUCAAACCAGGUGUUUAUUUUUAUAAACUUCAAAGGAUAUUGUAUGCUUUUGUUAAGAAAUUCCCCAAUAUUGGAUAUGUUCAAGGAAUGAAUAAAAUCAUUGGUACUUUAUUAUUAGGUAUAACUGAUGGAGAUGAAGAAGAUGUAUUUUGGUUAUUUAUUUCAUUAAUUGAAGAAAUAUUACCAAAAUAUAAUGAAUCAACUAGUUUUUUCAAUUCAAUAUCUCAAAUUCAUCAAGAAAAUGUUAAAUUGAAAGAUUUAUUACUGUUGAUAAUACCUGAUUUAUAUAAGCAUUUUAUUAAACUUGAUGUUGAAAUUGAAUUAAUUACAAUGAAUUGGUGGUUAACUUUAUUUAUUGAUUUAAAAUUAAUUAAUUUAGAUGAUUGGUUUAAAAUUUUCGAUAAUUUAUUAAUUGGUGAUCAAUUUUUAUUCUUACCUUGUUUUACUUUAUCUAUUUUGAAAACUUUAGAAUCUAGUUUAUUGAAAUUGCAAAGUAAUGAUGAAAUUUAUAAAUUUUUAAAUAUGAAUAAUUAUCAAGAUAAUAAUAAUCAUCAUGUUGAUCAUCAUGAUGAUAUUAAUAUUGGGUUUGGAAUUCAAUAUAAUUUGAAAUUUCAUGAAUUGAUGAAACAUUAUUUAAAUUAUUCAAGAAGGAAAGAAAUAUCUGAUGUCUUUUUGAACCCUGUCACAUGA